CGCGCCUUUGUGUGGCGGCAGCUGCGGCCCCAGCGCCUUUGAAUGUCGAGAGGGGCCGGGAAGGGAGCCUUUCCAUGGGCCAUCUGUCUCCCCGCCAGCCGCCGCCCCACCGCCGCCCGCGCCCCGCGCUCCGCCUCCCGCCCCGGCGGCUCCCGCAGCCCCGCCGCCGCCCGCGUCCGCGCCCCGGAGCCGCGCCACAAAGGGCCCGCGCGCAGCCGCCGCCGCCGCCGCCGCCGCCGCCGCGCGAGGAGCCAGGAUGGUCCUGGUCCACGUCGGCUAUCUCGUGCUUCCAGUGUUUGGCUCUGUGCGAAACAGAGGUGCCCCUUUUCAAAGGUCUCAGCAUCCUCACGCUACCUCCUGCCGUCACUUCCACCUGGGCCCCCCGCAGCCGCAGCAGCUGGCGCCCGACUUCCCCCUGGCCCACCCCGUGCAGUCGCAGCCGGGCCUCAGCGCCCACAUGGCCCCGGCCCACCAGCACAGCGGCACCCUGCACCAGUCGCUGACUCCGCUGCCCACCCUGCAGUUCCAGGACGUCACAGGUCCCUCCUUCCUACCUCAGGCCCUGCACCAGCAAUACCUCCUGCAGCAGCAGCUCCUGGAAGCCCAGCACCGCAGGCUCGUCUCGCACCCGAGGCGGAGUCAGGAGCGUGUAUCUGUCCAUCCCCACCGCCUCCACCCCAGCUUCGACUUCGGCCACCAACUCCAGACGCCUCAGCCCAGGUAUUUGGCUGAGGGCACUGACUGGGAUCUCAGUGUGGACGCCGGCUUGAGCCCUGCCCAGUUCCAGGUGCGGCCCAUCCCUCAGCACUAUCAGCAUUACCUAGCAACUCCUCGAAUGCACCACUUUCCCAGAAACUCCUCCUCCACGCAGAUGGUCGUCCAUGAAAUCCGAAACUACCCUUACCCUCAGCUUCACUUCCUUGCUCUCCAGGGACUAAACCCCAGCAGACACACCUCCGCAGUUCGGGAGAGCUAUGAAGAGCUGCUGCAGCUUGAGGACAGGCUGGGAAAUGUGACUCGGGGAGCUGUACAGAACACCAUUGAGAGGUUCACCUUCCCCCACAAAUACAAGAAGCGAAGACCCCAGGAUAGCAAGGGCAAGAAGGAAGAGGGGGAGGAGUCAGACACAGAUGAGAAAUGCACAAUUUGUCUGUCUAUGCUGGAAGAUGGAGAAGAUGUGAGGCGCCUACCCUGUAUGCAUCUUUUCCACCAACUGUGUGUGGACCAGUGGCUCGCCAUGAGCAAGAAAUGUCCCAUCUGCCGAGUGGACAUUGAGACACAACUGGGAGCCGACAGCUGAGGGAGGAAUUAGCCAGUGGACGCCCCAUUUUCCUUCACCAGGUCCUCCCCACGGCCAUAGCCCUUGCAGCCAAACUUUGCCUUCUGAGCCAUUUGAUGUAGAGGAAAAGCCUGCAAGCACAUUUUGUGGAAAGAGGAGUUGGCGGUAUCCGUGUCUGAGGGAAAGGAGGGGUGGGGGGAGGACCCCCCCCAUCCAGAAUGGUGACUGCCCCCAUCCACCUCGCUGCGCGGGAGGGAGCUGGCCGUGCCCGGAGCAGGGGUGGGAAGGGGGGGCCCACGCUGCUGAGAAUCUGGAUGGGAACUGGAAGGUCCUAGCUGACAGGCCCCUCAAUCCUGUCCUUGGAAGGAUUGUAUAUAUACCUCUCGACCACGUAGAAACCAUGUAGGGGUCUCUAGCUAUUUCUGUGGAUGGCAGCCGGAGCAUGUUAGCUUAAGAAAAAUGUCGUGUGUGGUGCUCUAGUCAUCUGUGGUGGACAUGUCGCUGUUACGAAUUCGCACCAAAUAUUUCUCAUUGAGUUCCUUGUUUUGGUGCCUGACUGAACCAACAAACGACAGCCCAAAUCUUCCCGUCUUUAUGAGAAAAAAGGAGAAA